AUGUCGUUGUGGUUCGUCAGGCUUUCCGCCUUGAAGCCCAGCUCAUGGGGAAUCGAGCUCUGGCAGCGCCCGAUUCUGGAACAAACCGACAAGUUCGAAGCCGUUGAAAUCCUCCAUGAGGCGUUGGCGUACGACAGAGCGUUGCGGUCUCAUCAACUCCCAAUCUCUCAGCAGGAUUUCACUGAGUCACCGCCGGAGGAGCAGGGGGAUGAAUCGGCCGUUGAAAACCUCCGCCAGCGUCGCGAUCAACAGGGCAAAUUUGUACCCCUCGAUUUGUCUUAG